UGCGUCAGUAAAAGUCCUGGCAACAGAACGGUGACGUUUGACCGAGGUGAUGUCAGAGCUUCAGGCCCGUCCAUUUUCCCCUUUUGCACUUGGACUUGACACUUGUUGACCCACUGCAAAACCUGUCUGUUCGAAAGUUGAACUCUUGAAUAGCACAUCACCUGGAAAACCUUCUUCGGAAAACAAACUGUUGGAUAACUGAACUGAGGAAAACCUUGCAGAAAAGCACUGCAAAAUCUACCUGCUGAAAAAUGGCUUCAAGUGGACCCCCCCGGGCGGAUCACCUCCUGACCAGGAUUGGACGGUGGAUUGUCUCCUUUGCACGUGGCUCCUUUUGGCCUUUCAACAGAAAUCGUUCUGUUGCUGAAAGGCCCCCUGAUGACCAGGAAGAGGAUGGGCUUCAACAGGCUGAGGUAGGAAACAGGGGACCUCCCCUUCCUCUGCUCCCGCAGUUCCUACCACCACCCUUUUGGAUGCAGGGGCAACAGCAUGGUCCUGCUGUUCCUUUUCCUCACUUCUAUCCCGCCCUGUAUCCUGUUCCCUUUGCUGUUCCACAUCCUGUUCCUUACGCUCUUGCUUAUCAUGCUUUUCCCCAUCAUGAUCCUUUUGCUUUUCAUCAUGCUUUCCCUCACGCUGCUCCUCAUGCUGCUCCUCAUGCUGCUCCUGCUUUCCCCCACGCUAAUCCUUAUGCCGCUCCUCAUGCUGCUCCUCAUGCUGCCCCUCAUGCUGCUCCUGCUUUCCCUGGCCCUGAUCCUUACGCUGCUCCUGCUUUCCCCCAUGCUAAUCCUUAUGCUGCUCCUGCCCCUGCUCCUCAUCCAUAUGCUCUCCCUCAUGCUGAGCCUUAUGGUGCUCGUGCUGUUGAUCAACCAGACUUUUAUGGUUUCCCUAAUGAUCCUUUCGCUGUUGAUCAACCUGACCUUCACGCUGAUCCUUAUGUUGCCCUUGUGGAGCCGUUUGAUGAAGACGAUGAAGAGGACGAGGACUUCAUGAACGGAGACAUCAAUAUUGAUGAUGAAGUUCCUGAUCUUGAUGUCGAGGACAUCGGGCAACUCUGCCCAGAAGAUGACAGCUCUGAUGACAGCUCUGAUGACAGCUCUUCAGCAGAGGCCUCUGUGUCUCCCUCAACCUCUGGUCUCAGCUCCUCCACAAGGCGGCGCAGGGAAGAUGGCGACUUGGAAGAGACUCCUGCCAAGAGGCCAAGGUGGUCGACUGACAGCGACUCAGAUUGAUUCUCUAAUGUGCUUCAGAACUGCCAUACCUCCAGGACAUCACUACUAGACCACAGCUAUCACAGACUUCUUAACUGUGAGGGCUUGCCUUUGCAUCUGGCAGGGCUGUCAACAUCCCAAGUAGUGUCUUGCACUUGGUCUUUUUUGUACUUUUGCACAUUUUGGUACGGUGGCUGGACCUUUCUUUAACCCUGAGGGCUGGCCUUUGCAUCUGGCAAGGCUGUCCAUGGUCCUGCCCCAAACCUCAGGGAGUCAAAUUCACAAAGGAAGCUCCUCAAAAGGAAGUCUAGUCUGGCCUUAAAUUAAAUCAGUAAGUACUUAGAGGAAAUGGUAAGUAUUUGUAAGGAACAGUAAGCACUUAUAAAGAACGGUAAGUAUUUGUAAGGAACAGUAAGCACUUAUAAAGAACGGUAAGUAUUUGUAAGGAACAGUAAGCACUUAUAAAGAACGGUAAGUAUUUGUAAGGAACAGUAAGCACUUAUAAAGAACGGUAAGUAUUUGUAAGGAACAGUAAGCACUUAUAAAGAACGGUAAGUAUUUGUAAGGAACAGUAAGUACUUAUAAAGAACGGUAAGUAUUUGUAAGGAACAGUAAGUACUUAUAAAGAACGGUAAGUAUUUGUAAGGAACAGUAAGUACUUAUAAAGAACGGUAAGUAUUUGUAAGGAACAGUAAGCACUUAUAAAGAGCGGUAAGUAUUUGUAAGGAACAGUAAGUACUUAUAAAGAACGG